UUGUGAUGUUGGCGAAUGCACACAGCCUGCGCCUGCCGGAAGACCAGAACGCCUGCCCAGAACCACCCUUGGAUGCUUCUGAGCCAGUCAUGUGUUUUUGGUUUUUGGUUUGUGUGGAGGAAGGGGCAAAGAAGGAAAAUCUCGCUCCUGGUACAAAGGAAGGAAGGAUUGCUGCUGCCUGCUGGCUCCUCCACUCCGUCCGUCAUCAUGUGCUCCUAUCUUGCUGUCCCCGUCUCCCCCUUGCCGGCGGCUCAUCCCUUCCUCCUCCGCCCCCCCUCCUCCUCGGUGCCAUCCCUUCCCCGCUCCACGCCGCCGUGGAGGGCAAAGAGGAGGUCCAUCGCCGCCGUCUCCGGCAGCUUCUUCACCGCCGACUUGGACCCGGACGACUACGCCGCUGAACCCGAAUCCGACGGCGACUCUCCCUGGGAGGGCGCGCUCGUCUACCGUCGCGACGCCGCCGCCCACCACCUCGAGUACGCCUCCACUCUCGAGCGCCUCGGCCUCGGCGACCUCUCCUCCCACGACUCCCGCGCGCGUGCCGCCGCCAUGGGGCUCGGGGCGCUGGACCUGGACCAGCCCCAGAGUCAGACCCCCGUCCUCGUCUCCCUCGACGUCGCCCGCCGCCGCCGCCGCCUGCGCCUCGACGGCAUCGUGCGCACCGUCAUCACCCUCGGCUGCUUCAGGUGUGCCGAGCCCGCCCCUCAAGGUAUAUUUGCCAAUUUUUCCCUGUUAUUGACAGAGGAGCCGGUGGAGGAACCCGACAUAGUUGAUCUCGGCACCAUAUAUGAAGAAGAAGAAGACGGUGCUUCGUUAACGGGCACCCUGGACGAAGACGACCAAGAUGUCGACUGGGAUGACCGCCUGCACUUCCCAGCAGGUGACAAGGAGAUUGACAUCUCCAAGCACAUCCGGGACAUUAUUCACCUGGAGAUCACCAUGGAUGCAGUCUGCAGCCCCAGCUGCAAAGGCCUGUGCCUUGCCUGUGGCACAAACCUCAACACCAGCAGUUGCAACUGCAGCCAAGAGAAGCAACAGGAGCCCAAGAACGUGAAAGGUCGAGGACCUUUCGAAGAGUUGCUGAAACCAAUCCACAAAAGAUGAUGAUACAAGCACCACAUGUUGUCGUAGCUGAUGAGUUUGCUGUACAACUAGCUAGAGCUGUUGUAUGCAGGAUUACCUUGAAAUUUUUCAUCUCCUAGUAUAGAAUACUAUACUCUAGUGUUGUUGGGCAACAAAUGGAUGAGAUCUUUCAUCUUUCUAUGGGAAGACACCAAUUGGAUUCUCUA